UCGUUUAGUGACAAAACUCAGUAGGGAUCGAGGAAUAACUGUUCUCUGUUCUCUGUUCUCCGACUCUCUAAAAGCCUCCAAUUCCAUAGCUUAUUGAUUCGCCGGUUCUCCAAGGCUGCUGAGUUAGGGUUGCCGAGUCAGUAAUGGCCGAUUUUCAGACCUCGACUCACAGAGCCAAGUGGAUCUUCACUCCUCAACAGCUGGUUGAGAAGCACAAAGUUACUAAUCAAAGAGCCAAGCAAAUGCUGGAGAAGUGUGGUACAACAAGGAUAGAAGUAGACGUUGAUGGAUCACUGUCAUACCCUGAAACUCAAGCCAACGCAGCAGACAAUGCUGAUAAGCAUUCUCGUCCAAAACCACUCAGCGUUGAUGAAGAACAAUUUAUGCGAGUGUACUAUGAAUAUAAACUACGAGAAGUUUGCAGCGCCUUUUACUUUCCUCAUAAAAUUCAGGCAACUGCACUUAUAUACUUCAAAAGGUUUUAUCUUCAAUGGUCGGUCAUGGAACAUGAUCCAAAACAUGUAAUGUUAACCUGUAUAUAUGCAGCUUGUAAGAUUGAAGAAAAUCAUGUAUCAGCAGAGGAGCUUGGUAAGGGGAUUUCACAGGAUCAUCAAAUGAUUCUCAAUUAUGAGAUGAUAGUGCUUCAGAGCUUGGAAUUUGAUCUUAUUGUCUAUGCACCGUAUCGUUCAGUUGAAGGUUUUAUCAACGAUAUGGAGGAAUUCUGUCAUGCAACAGAUGAUCAAAUUCAAAUGCUGAAGGAUAUGCAAGCAACUGCAAUUACGGAGGUUGACAAAAUCCUGUUUACUGAUGCACCAUUGCUUUUUCCUCCUGGGCAGUUGGCAUUGGCUGCUUUGCGAAUAGCAAAUGAGAUGCAUCAGGUUCUUGAUUUUGAGAGAUAUCUCAGAAACAUUCUUUCGCGUCAGAAUUCUGUGCACACAAUUUCAAAUCUCACUGAAUCUCUAGAUGCUAUAGAUUCUUGGGUAAAGAAAUACAAGUUUCCUACAGAAAAGGAUAUGAAGCACAUAAACCGGAAGUUGAAGUCUUGUUGGGGUCAUAGUUCACAUGACGAUAAAAAGCGGGAGAAGAAAUCAAAACACAAGUCCCAUAAGAGUUCAAAUGAAAUGCAAAAUGGCCCAACCCUCGCAUGAUUGUAAAUGGACGUUCAAUCUUUGCUUAGGAUCUGGCUUGGAAGAGGAAUUCUGCCAGCGAAAAUGAAUUUUGAUGUAUUAGAUGGACGUAUGAUGCCAUCUCAAUGUAUUAGUAAGAAAAAUGUGUUUUUUUCACUUCCAAGAGUUACAAGAUGCAUGAUCACAGAAGUCUUAGCUUGCAGUUCUGUAAAAUUGUAGAGAUCAACAUUCAGUUCAAAUUACCAGUACAAUUUUGCACUAGGAAUUAUCUGAGCAAUAUUCUGUGUUUUCGGCUGCCAUGUGAAGAAAGAGAUUGCAGUGUUUUUUUC